UGCAAGACAGCUGGAGCGCCCGGUGCGCGGCGUGUACGCACAGGGAGAAGUGAGAGAAGAAAGAGAAAAGAACAACAGAAAGGGGAGCAGAGGACUGUGUAGCCCCUCUGUGCUAAUGGACCACAAGGAUAUCUAAUCAUUUGCCCUGGGAGAGCACAGACACCGCAGUCCAUGCCUCUGCCUUGCCAGGUCAUUGAUGGGAAAUCAACUGGAUCGGAUAACCCACCUCAACUACAGCGAGCUGCCCACGGGGGAUCCGUCCGGGCUGGAGAAGGACGAGCUUCGGGUCGGCGUCGCCUACUUCUUCUCUGACGAAGAGGAGGAGGUGGACGACCGCACUCCGUCCGACUGCGGCUUCACCAAAGACCACAGUCCGACCGAGGAGGGGCCCUUUUCGGUCAGCGAGGUGGAGUACUCGGCGUUCUGCUCCCAGGAAUGCAUCUUUUCCAAGCUUCGGGAGAACGAGGACUUGAACGCGUAUUCGGUCAAAACUUUGCUCGCCAUGUGCAAACCGGGGGACCUGCUGGAGCUGGUGGGCAGCGCGCAGGCGCCCCACUGGGUCAUCUACGAGCACGACGACCAGGUCAUCCACCUGCACAAGGGCCAGAUCCGAAAGGACAGCCUGCCGGAGAUCAGCAGCGGUCGUCGCGGGAGGAUAGUCAACAACCGGUAUCGCUUUCGGCCACUUCCCGCUGACCUGGUGAUGCAGAACGCGGCGGGACACCUGGGGCUGAGGAGUGAGGAGAUCUGCUGGACUAAUUCGGAAAGUUUCGCAGCCUGGUGCCGCUUUGGGAAACGAGAGUUCAAAGCCGGGGGAGAGGCGCACUCGGCGGAGCAGCAGUACUUCCUCAAAGUGCACCUGUCCGGCAGCGGGGUGCACACGCUGGUGUUCCGGAGCCUGGAGGACAUGAUCCGGGAGAGGCGGAGAGUGGACGCCAGUGGAAUUCUCAAAGAGCUGUCUUUGGUUAACGGAGGGAAAGAGUGAUCAGGGAUUCCGUUUGAUAUGCUCUCAGCCCCCCCCCCCCCUCUCUCUCUCAGCCUCCCGUCGCCGAGGCGCACAGACGCACACUUUUACGCACACACAAACGCACUCACACACACUCACACCGAACUCGCAUACAUGCAUAAGGACCUGUUGGUCUGAGACUGGUUGUUGUGUUGGGUUUUUUCUGUCUCGGGGUGAGCCACAGUUGCCCUGUGGGAUCAAACUGCAGAAACCGUGAGGCGCGAGAGAGCGCGGACACGUAAACAGACAACGCCCCGCCAGAGUAGAAUUCGUGCUCAGUGGGACUCGCGAUUUCUAAUAGACCUUUUACCCCGAAAAGCGAAAUCACAUCUACAACCGCCACAUUGCGCACACGACCCGGUUUGGUUUCAGUUUGGUUUCUCGGGAUAAUGGGAUCGGCCCCUUUCUCUGCAAAGCGCGUCUGCUGCAGCAGACCAGACGGUGAGCCCGGGGAAGGGGGGUGUUAAAGAGGAUUCCGGGAGGCUCUCAAAAGUCUCCCUUCUAUUUUUUUACUGUUAGCUUUAAGACGGAACAGACCACAACACAGACCCAAGCCGCUGAUUCAGAGACCUGACGGUGAACAAAGCACCGUGGCUUGACCAAUUUUCCCCGUUUUCCAUAUGGAAAGUAUCGUCAUGUCCACAAUGCUGUCAUGUUGCUCCACAGCACUGGAUGUAUGUGUAAAUUGUAUUCAUACAUUGAUUUAAAUUUCAGUCCCUUAUUUUUUAUUUUAUUUAAGUUUAGUGGAUUUAACCCUGAUUUCAUUUUGGUGAAAUAAAUGGAGGUUGAAAUUUAAAAAUUAGAACUUGGUCUAUCAGGUUUUAUUUGACCACACACACAUAAAGCCUUACUGUCUCUCUUUGACUGAAGAUGCUCACACUGGUCUGAAUGAAAUAUUAAAGUUCAGAUGUCCUUCCUUAAGCAAAACAGACCUGGUCUGUUUGGCAGGAAAAUGGUCACAUGCAUCAAACACAUGAAAGCUUUAUGAAACCUCACUUAUGAUCAGGCAUCUUUAGGGCCACUCCUCAUCGUGUUUAGAUAGCAGUGCAUUGGCUGAUCAAGCCUUGUUGAUACUAUCACUGCAUAUUUUUCUAUCUGUACUGUGAAUGGGUUGCCAUGCGCUGAGUAAUCAGAGGAAACACACCAGCACCGUGCUGGAGUGGUCUGCUGUAGUGGUCUGCUGGACUGGUCAGCUUGAGUGGUCUGCAGCUGCUCCGUCCCUGCGUUGGUCCUUCUCAGUGAAGGUCAGACAGUGACUUUGUUUUCUUGGAUCUGUGAUCAGCGCUUUUACUGAAACUUGGAUCAAUCGAAUCGUCAAACACCUUUGGCUUUCCGGGUUUCUUUACCUUUGCCUAAUUGGAUCUGAAAUGAAGAGUGGGG